GCCGUGCUGCCGACAUAAAGGCUGUGCCCGGUCUGCUCUCCCUUCCUUUCGGCCUGCUUUCUGUCGCCCGCUCCGGAGCCGCCGCCUGUCGCUGGGCAGACGGAGGUGCCCGCUGGCUCCUUUCGCCCGGCCCUCACGGUAUCUGCAGAGAUAGCCUCAAGAUGAACUUCCUCCUGAAAACAUUCAAAGUCAUUGGACUUCUUUUUUACUACUUCCUGGAGUCACUGGUGUUCUCCAUUGUGCCUAAAAGGAAGAAGAAUGUCAGUGAUGAAAUUGUGUUAAUAACAGGAGCAGGAAGUGGCAUUGGAAGACUGUUAGCUUUGAAGUUUGCCAGCCUUGGAGCCACACUGGUUCUGUGGGACAUUAAUGAAGAGGGGCUGAAGGAGACAGGUAAACUGGUCAAACAAAAUGGAGCAGGGAGAGUGCACCGUUACGUCUGUGACUGCAGCAAAAGGCAGGACAUCUACAAGGUAGCUGAUCAGGUUAAAAAAGAAGUUGGUGACGUUACCAUCCUAAUCAACAACGCUGGCAUCGUCACUGGGAAGAGGUUUAUGGAUUCUCCAGAUUCACUUGUGGAAAAAACCAUGGAAGUGAACAUAAUGGCACACUUCUGGACUUACAAAGCCUUCCUGCCAGCAAUGAUAGCCUCUAACCACGGACACUUGGUUAGUAUUGCAAGUGCUGCAGGACUGGUUGGAACCAAUCGUCUUGCAGAUUACUGUGCAAGCAAAUUUGCAGCAGUUGGCUUUGCAGAGUCGAUUGCCUUAGAGAUGAAAGAUAUGGAGAAGAGUGGUGUCAAAACCACCAUUGUGUGUCCUUUUUACAUAAACACAGGAAUGUUUGAAGGCUGUCAAUCCAAGUGGCCAACUUUGCUUCCCUUGCUGGAGCCAGAGUAUGUGGCUGAGAAGAUAGUGACAGCAAUUCGGCAGGACCAGGAAGUUCUGAUGCUGCCACGCGGUGUUAGUAUCGCGGUACUUCUGAAAGCUAUGCUACCGGUGAAAGCAGCUGCUCUCCUCGCGGAGUAUUUUGGAGUCACGAGUUCAAUGGAUGCCUUCAAAGGUCGAGCCAAGGAUGACUGAAAGGUGCAGAAUCCAGAGACCAACAGCUUUGAAGUGGACCUUCUUAAAAGGGGUGGUGGGAGACAUCUGCUUCUCUAGCAGCUGCAAACUUCCCGUGCCUCACUUGUCAGUAACAGGGUUUUAAUGCAAGUGCUUUUUUAAUUGGCUCUUAGUCAACAGCUUGCACUCAAACUAUUUUCUUUUAAUUAAUCCAAUGAACUGUUUUCACCUUCUCAUGGAAAUACAUGAAUUGACAUUAGUUCCUUUUGGCUAUGUCUGUUGCAAUGCCUUAAAUGUGAGCCCGCAUCACAAACUUCAUGGGCAACUUGUGGGGAAGGGAUCGAGGAAUCGCAUGUGUUUGUCAGAGAGCUAGGAAGGCCUCUCAUGGACCUGACUUCUCCCUGCCAUUCACUGAACCAUGAGGAAGGGCUGCACUGCUGGUGCCGUUCCCUGGGAAGCUGAGGAACUCCAGAAACACCAAAUUG